UGUUGUCAUCGAUCUCCUGCUUUCUUUGUACACAUUGGGAUCAGUUUUUACACGGCUGGUCGUCGUCCUUUGCUCACUUAGCUACAACUACGCCUCGAUAUAAGUGAUUUCAAAACGAAGCCUCUCGCAAAAUGGAAGAAAAUGAAGAGGUUUGUGGAGGAACGAUGGAAAAUAAAAGGCAAAAGCUUCGCAGGAUGUCAUCGAGGACGUCCAAUGCCAGUGUCAUCAACGAUGCAGAGCCCUCUCCACAAACACUCCGGAGAAACAACUCCAAAAAACCUCCACUGCAGAGAGGAAGCUCCUUCACGUUUCUGACACCAGGGACUCCAUGGGACUUCAGUCUAAAGAGAAAGCGCAAAGAGAAGGAGGAUGACACGGUCAGUCUGUCGAGCUUCGACCUCAAGGAACCCAGUAACAAGCGUGUACGACCACUGGCCAAAGUUUCAUCCCUUGUCAACUUGAUAUCUCCUUCAAAGAAUGGGGCAGUGCGGCGCUUUGGCCAGACCAUCCAGUCAAUGUCAUUACGUGGUGAUAGCAAGUCACCAGGGAUGUCGCUCAAAGCCAGCAGCAAGGCAGCAGGUCCCACUCCCACUAAACGCAGAAACAGUACGCUGUGGUCAGAGACACUGGACGUACAUCAGAAGAGCACGUUCUCCACCAAAGAGAUCAAGAGACAAGAGGCAAUUUAUGAGCUUUACAGAGGAGAGCAGGAUCUCAUUGAAGAUCUCCAACUUGCACGAAAGGCGUAUCAUGAUCCGAUGCUAAAGCUCUCUAUAAUGACAGAGGAGGAACUAGGUCACAUAUUUGGGGACCUGGAUGCAUACAUCCCCUUACAUGAAGACUUACUGAUGAAACUGACCGAGGAAACAGGCCCUGAUGGAACAGUAGCUCAGAUCGGACAGAUAGUAAUAGACUGGCUGCCUGGUCUGAAUGCUUACAAAAACUACUGCAGCAACCAGCUUGCAGCGAAAGCCCUGCUUGACCAGAAAAAGCAGGACAGGCGGGUCCAGGACUUCCUGCAGCGCUGCCUGGAGUCGCCCUUCAGCAGGAAGCUUGACCUCUGGAGCUUCCUAGACAUCCCACGAUCACGCCUGGUGAAAUACCCACUGCUGCUGCGAGAGAUCCUGAGACACACUCCUCCUGAUCACCCAGACGUAGCCAGUCUGGAUCGAGCUAUCACAAUAAUCCAGGAGAUUCUGUCUGAUAUCAACGUGAGGAAAGGGGAGUCUGAGUGCCAGUAUUAUAUAGACAAACUGGAGUACCUGGAUGAUAAGCAGCGGGACCCUCUCAUAGACAACUGUAAGACCCUACUUUGUCAUGGUGAGCUGCGGAACAAGAGUGGCUCGAGGCUGCACGUGUUCCUUUUCUCUGAGCUGCUGGUUUUGACCCGACCGGUGACACGUAACGACAGGAGCUGCUUCCAGGUGUAUCGACAGCCUAUCCCGGUUCGGGACUUGGCUCUAGAGGACCUGCAGGAUGGAGAGAUCCGCAUGGGGGGGUCAUUCAGAGGGGCUUUCACCAACGCAGAGAAAGUGAAGAACGUUUUCCGUGUGAGCUCUCUGGAUCCAUCCCAUGGCCAGUCCCACACCUUGCAUGUCAAUGAUGUCUACCACAAACAGCAGUGGCUCAACUGCCUACGCACUGCGAUGGCCCAGCAACAGGAGGCUCCACCUAGAGUUCAGCAGGGAGAAGCUGUCAGAGCCAAACGGCGCUCUUCUGCUCGCUCAGCCACCGUCUAUGAUGAAGAGACAGACGAGAACUGUCCGCCUGUCUCUGGCCCUAAACUCAGGCCUCAGACACUCUCCAAAACCAGACUGGACCAGAAGUUACAAGGCUCAGUAAAGAGGAAGGAGACUGGAGUGUAGACAUUUAACCUGACCUGAUGGUUCUCAAAUGGGUUCCUCUCAGACAGGCGCAUGUAUUCAACAUGCCCCUUGUUCGUCACGUCAUUGAAUUUUCAUGCAACCACUGAUUUUGCGCUCUUGCUUCAUCUCUGUAGCUGCACUGAAAAAGCCUUUCCAAUCAUUUCCGUCCAAAUGUAUAUCAAAUUUUAGUCUUAAAACGUGUAAUUAGUUUACAUAAAAAGUUAUGUGCUAGUGUGACUGAAAUAGAUGUUUACACCAGCUUAAUGUGUGUGGAAUUAGGGUUUUCUGUGUCUACCUGAGCUAAAACAACCUAAUACCACUUGUAGUUUUUUUUGUUUUGUUUCAUCAAUCAUUUCAGUGUCACACAUUUAAACUUUCCUUUUUUUUUUUUUUUUGCUGUAAUCAAAAUGUCAGAGCAGCUAUAGUGUAAGCAGCAUGUGUGCAGUUGUCUGUUGUAAGUGUUAUGUGUGCAAAGAUAAGGGACCAAGAAGAAGAAAUUGUGAUGGCCUCAGCUGUACAGGAAGCCGUUGAGUUCGAACAGCUAAAAAUGUUGUGAGAUUAGAUACAAGAUAAUGACCAGAACCCUGACCAUAGAUAAGAUAAGGUAAAACAUUUCUUGGGAAAAAAAUCAGACAAAUCUACAUGUAUUCAUUUGUGUUCAGUGGAAAAUUGUUAAUCAUUGAAAAAUAAAACACUUGUUUGUACUUUAAGAGUCCUGAGUGUGACUCACUGUGAGGUUAUUGUUGUUGU